AACCUUUCAAUCAGAACAACGGUUAAAGGUUUUGGAUCGUCGAGUCGUUCCUGCUUCCUUUAUCUGCCGUUUCCUUCCUGUGACGAUGUUUUGGUUCUUCUCAGCCGUCUCACCAGGUCGGUCCCGGUCCGGUCGUUUGGGUCGCACAAUCAAGAACUGUUCCUCGUCAUCCAGAACGUCAAACCAGCAGAGGUUUACGGUUCCAGGUGGAUUUUUCAUCACCCAGAGGACAAACCGUCUGGAGAGCCUGAAGGCUCCGUCUGAGCGCGCUCGGCUCAUACGGUGAUGACAUCACAUCCAGGAGGGUUCUGGACCGGCUCGCCGAUCCGUUACCUUCUCGCCCGAGACGAGACGAUGACGGCGCGUCGACUGGAGCCGAGAGCCACCAGACCAAACGCCGACCGCCUGAUAGACGCUCGGCAGAUGGAGGGAAGAGUCACGGUUCAGCCGAGGUUUUUAACCCUCGCUCACUCCGGCUGGACGCGUGCGGGGAAAAGUGCGGUGCGUCACCGGCGGAGCGGGAGGAGGAGAGAGAGGGAGGAGGCAGCCGUACUUAUGGUAGGAAGCUCAGAGAGUCGCAGCAGACAGAGACCGGCCCACUCCGCUAAAAUCAUUCAACUGGUGAGCGAGAGAGCGCACUCCACUCUGACGGAGCGAGAGAGGGAGGGAACGGAGUUUCUCCCUCGUUUGGCAGGUGGACUGUGAGCUGAGCUCAACUUUCAGCUUCCAAACUUCUGAGCAAAGAGACAAAAGAAGACAGAAACUCUUUCCUCCGGACUCAGUUUUCAUCCACUUUUGGACUUUUUGGACUCUCCCCGUAACUCCGGUUGGUGGCAACAUGUCUGUGUUACCGUUCCUCGGCUGGGCCCUUCUGGUUCUGGUUCUGGUCCAGGGCGGUGGAUCCUCAGCGGACCUGCCCUCCGGGCCGCUGUCCCUGAAGCUCCAGUCGCCGCCGGACGCCUCCAGCGCCCACUGCCCGUCCUGCGCCCUGGCCCGGAUGAGGCGCGGCGACGGGCCGGCGGCGGACGGCGACUCGCCGGCGUACGCGGAGGAGACGGCGGCGCAGCAGGACGUGGUGGAGGCGGUGAAGAGGCACAUCCUCAACAUGCUCCACCUGCAGGCCCGGCCCAACAUCACCCGGCCCGUGCCGCGCGCCGCGCUCCUCAACGCCCUGCGCAAGCUGCACGUGGGGCGGGUGGCCGAGGACGGCAGCGUGCAGAUCGAGGGAGAGGAGGAGGCGCGAGGGAGAGGAGGCAAGGGGGGAGGAGCGGCGGCGGCAACGGCCGGAGCGCGGGCGGGAGACGGCGGCGACGCGCCGGAGACGACGGAGAUCAUCACCUUCGCCGAGGCUGGUGAGUCCCAGGGCGUGGUGAACUUCGUCCUGUCCAAGGAUGGAGGCGACAUGUCCCUGGUGGAGCAGGCCAACGUCUGGCUCUUCCUUCGCUUGGCCAAAACCAACCGCAGCCGAGCCAAAGUCACCAUCCGCCUGUUCCAGCAGCGCGGACGCCCCGCCCCGCCGCAGGACGAGGUCCUGCUGGCCGAGAAGACGGUGGACACGCGGCGCAGCGGCUGGCACACCUUCCCGGUGUCCGCGGCGGUGCAGGCGCUGCUGGAGAGCCGGCGGAGCAGCGCGCUGAGCCUGCGGGUGUCCUGCCCGCUGUGCAGCGACUCCGGCGCCACGCCCGUCCUGGUCUCCGGCGGCAACCAGAGGGAGCAGUCCCACCGGCCCUUCCUCAUGGCCGUGGUGCAGCAGGGCGACGGAGGCGACGCUCGGCGCCGCAGGAAGCGCGGCCUGGAGUGCGACGGGAAGGUCAGGGUCUGCUGCAAGAGGCAGUUCUACGUCAAUUUCAAGGACAUCGGCUGGAGCGACUGGAUCAUCGCGCCGUCCGGUUACCACGCCAACUACUGCGAGGGCGAGUGCCCGUCCCACGUGGCGAGCAUCGCGGGCUCCACGCUGUCCUUCCACUCCACCGUCAUCAGCCACUACCGCAUGCGGGGCUACACCCCCUUCCAGAACCUGCGGUCGUGCUGCGUGCCCACCCGGCUACGCGCCAUGUCCAUGCUCUACUACAACGAGGAGCAGAAGAUCAUCAAGAAGGACAUCAAGGACAUGAUCGUGGAGGAGUGCGGCUGCUCGUAAACACUUGGACCCGAACGGGACGGACCGAACUGGACCGGAGAGGACGGAGGGGGCGGCAGCGGCCGCCUUCCUCCUGGUCGCUCUCUGGGACGGAAACUCGUCUCCAGACUCGCCGAGUCAAACUCAGCCAGAGUCUCGACGGCACUUUCUGAAAAACCAGGAAAAAAAGACAAAAAAUGAAUAUCUAAUAUAUUUUUGUUACAAACGGAGGGAGCGAGGCGUAUUUAUGUGGCGUUCAGGAACCGCUGCAGCAGUGGGACUUCAGAGAGACGAGGCGCCUGAAAAACUGCAAACAGAAAGAUCUCAAACUAUGCAACUUGUUUCCUGUCCUGCAUCUGCUUCUGUUUCUACCUGGAGGGGAGCGGAGACACCGUUACUAUGUCCAAGUGUACGAGUGGAGAGUGUGUGUGUGUGUGUGUGUGUGUGAGUGUGUGUGUGUGUGACAGAGAAUGUGUGUGUGUGUGUGUUGAGAGAUACUUGAACGAAACAAGUUGGCUCGGCUGCUGGAACCAAACACUUCUUUACGUUACCAUGGUAACCAUGUUGAUGUUAUUAUUAAUAUUAUUGUUAGUAAGUAUAUUAAUAAUAUUAAUGUUAUUCUUGUUAAUAAUAUUUUGUGUCAUUAUUUCAGUUUUUCAUGUUUAAGAAGCGUUACAAACGUUGUGUUAUUUUUGCACUAUAGCGACUUGAGUUCAGGUCAGAGGUCAACAGGUCACAGGUCACGGUUCAAGGCUUCUAACUGGUCGCCGCUGCGUUGGCAGUUUUAACCUCAGAACCAGUGAAACACGACGUUAAUUCAAAUGAUUCCCUGGAGAUCAAAAUAAAUCAUUAAAAGGUUUUUAGGUCUUUGGAGUAGAAAAUGUUCGAAUCGGAGGGAGAAACCUUCUGGUUCUGGUUCUUAUGGGUCCCUCUGAAAGCUGAAACCGUUUAAAGCUGCAGGUUUAAUGACCUGCUGGGAAGAAAACAUCCGUUUGGUUUGACUUUAGAGACUCCAGCCUUCAGAACGACAAACGAGUCGGUUCUUUUACAGUAUCGGAUCAGAUCCAUAAAACAAACCUGACAGGGUUAAAGUUCCCUACACGACGUCUGAUUGGUUCUUUGUUUCCUCUGAAUGUUUCCUCUAAAAAUAUAAUCAUAUUUAUUCAUGCUUGCAUGUUGAUGCUCACUUAAACGUUACAUAUGAUCAUCUGAAGGCACUUUAUGAGAAACUGAACUGAUUCUGGUCCGAGAACCAAAUCAGUUCAGUUCAUCAGACCAAAAGUGAAUCAUCAUCAGAUCCAUAAGGUUCAGUCUAAUCCUAAUUAUUAUGAUUUAAUGGGAAUUUUUAAAGUAUUUAUCUGAGUCAUGAAGGAGGAGGUCUGAGAUGUUUAGGAUUCGUGUUUCACAUGAAUUUUUCUGAAUGAAGAGACUUCCUGUCUCUGCAGCUGUGAGCAUUUAGACCCAAAGCAGAAAAUGGUUUUGGUCUGUCGUAAAUUAAACCCAGAGCAGAAAACAGAUUAAAUUUUCCUGUUCCAACACCAAAGAGUCCGUCUGACCUUUGGACUCAUCGCUAAGAUCAAUUUAAACCUUCAGAAAUCAGAAAACUGUUCAGACGCCAGAAAAAGGUCAAUAACUGACGUUAAUCCACGUCUUUAACUUCAAACUCAUUUAAUUUCUGGAAGCUAUUAAGUUUUGACAGAUCGUGUUCGUCUCUGCUGCCCCGCACAUUAAAACUCCAUUUCCCACAAUGCUCUUCACCUUCACUGGUUCCACAUUGAGGGAGCAGCUCAGUGCUGAAGGUUUAAAUACGUCCCUGGUUUCAUGGUGUCAGUGUUUGAGUUCCUCCAUGUUUAUGGACUCAAAUUAAAUAUCAGUGCUAAAAAGAAGCAAAAGUUAGUAGAACAUGGCUGUAUGUGUUUAGAUGCUGUUGUUUUUAUAUAAAAAUAAGAAUAAUAUAAAUACUGACACUGAACAAAAGUGGACAAAGAAUAAAAAGUAUAUUUUUUAUUCUGUAUAUAUGGAAGCCAGACUCCAGUUUGUUGCUUUGCUUUGUUGUAAAUGAAAUGUGCUUGUGGCAUUUUUUAUUCUUAUUUAUUUUACAGUAUUCUUUGUUCUUUUGUUUAGGCUUCACUAUUAAAGUCUGAAGGAUGUACACAAA